UCCAUAUGAUCAGUGAUGCAGAACUUCAUGGCGGUUGAUGUAUUCAAACCUGUUGGUAGAGCUACUCAGCAAGGUGUGGUGUAGCUAAGGCAUGUGUGACAUCACGGCAUUGUAACUCCAUGCGCCAUUGGCAUUGGAGUGUGAAUAUUAGAAGAGAGAUGGCAACAAGAGUGUUGCUGUUGUUCCUGUGCCUUGGUGCAGUCAAAGCACAAAUUGAUGCAGUUCAAUUAAUCGACUUAGUGGAUCCAAAUAGAGCAGUUGCGACUCCCCCCAUGAUCACCGCGCAGCCAUCAGAGAGGGAGAGGCCGAUAGAGGCCCGUAGGAAUGUCGUGCUGCAGUGUGAGGGAACUGGUGAACCAAAGCCUGAGUUCCGCUGGACGAAGAACGGUCGUUUCUACGACCCAUCGGCCGUCGAUGACGCUCGCGUGGCGACACAGGCCGACAAGGGCACCAUCAUCAUCUCACGUCCAAAGGAUUCUGACGAGGGCCUGUACCAGUGCAUCGUGCAGAAUCCUCACGGUCGAGCCGUGUCCGAUAAGAUAUACCUUCGCUACGCUACGCUCGGUGAUUUCGAGAAGGUGGAGAAUGUUCCGGUGCAUAGGGUGAGAAUCGGUGACGCCCUCACCAUGAAGUGCGUGCCACCAAAGGGAGUGCCCUACCCCCAGAUCUUCUGGACGAUCAAGACGAAGACAGGUCUGAAGCAGGUGGAGCUGUCCGACCGUAUCUCGAUGGACCUCGAGCCGGGCAACCUGCACUUCAUCUACAUCAAGCCCGAGGACAUGCACGAGGGAGGCGAGUACGUGUGCAACGCCUACAACCCGCACCUCAACAUCCUGAAGGAGGGCGCCUACCAGGGACUUGAGAUUAUCAAUCCAUCGGAUCCGUUGCCGAGGCAGAAGCCAGCAAUGCUGUACACGACGCCUAUUAACACGGUCGCAUGGCGAGGCAAGGAGCUGGAGAUGAAGUGUAUUUUCAGUGGCUUCCCCAUCCCGAAGUUUGAGUGGCGUCGCCUUGACCCGAACAAGCUGCUGCCGGAUGGCCGCUACACGUACCAGAGCUUCGGGCAGUCGCUGAUCCUGCACGACGUACAGAUGGAGGAUGCGGGCGAGUACGAGUGCUCGGCGCGUAAUGGCCAGGGCCUGCCGCAGAAGCGCAAGUUCACCGUGCAGGUGCUGGCUGAGCCAUACUGGAUCGAGAAGCCUGAGUCUAAGCAUGCGGGUCAAGGCGACACGGUCACGUUCAUGUGUCUCGCCGGCGGCAAGCCAGAGCCGAUCAUCCGCUGGUACAUCAACGGACACCCGAUCCUUGAAGAGCAGGCGCCACAGACCAUCUCCAACCCGAACGCCGUCAUCAACUACUUCUACUACACGGGCGACCUGACGAGCGAGGAGACGGGCGCGAAUAAAGCUCAGAAGCUCAGCGACCGCUGGCUCAUCAAUCGCAACAACUUCACGAUCGUAGACCUGCGCAAGGAGGACGACACGAUGGUGAUUCAGUGCAAUGCCUCGCAGCAGAUUAGCGACUCCUACAUCUUUGAAAAUGCCUUCCUAAACGUGCUGUCAGAGGCACCAGUGUUUAGGAAAGAGCCAUAUCCACUGUAUGAGUUUGUCGAGGGAAACGUGGGAGAGAUCCACUGUGACACAUUUGCUGCACCACGACCAACUACUAGGUGCUAUCUUCUGGGACGAUCAAGACGAAGACAGCCCGGUCUGAAGCAGGUGGAGCUGUCCGACCGUAAUCUCGAUUGCGACUCGAGCCGCGGCCAACCUGCCACGUUCAUCUUACAUCAAGCCUGA